CGCCCCGCGCGGCCCCGCCCCUCGCAACGCGACGGGCGGUCACGUGAGGGCCGCGCGCGUCCCCGGCCGCUGCGGGGCUCGGAGGCCGAAGAGAAACGACUCCCAGGCGGCCGCGGCUGUGGUCUGACUGAGAGUAUAGAAUGAACCAGUGGUGGAAGAGAAAAUACUGCGAACUGGCUGCCUGUUGAUGAUGAUGAUGUUUUAUUUUAAUGGCAGGCAUCUGUGGCAUCUGUAACAGAAAUCAGACUGACUGAGUUUCAUGUACAGUUUCCAAACUCUACACCUCCCCACCAGCAUCAACAUCCCUUCACCAAAGUCCCAAGGUCCUAAAUGGAUGGCUGGUUGUGGUGAAAUCGAUCAUUCAAUAAAUAUGCUUCCUACGAACAGGAAAGCAAAUGAGUCCUGUUCUAAUACCACACCUUCUCUAACUGUCCCUGAAUGUGCCAUUUGUCUGCAAACAUGUGUUCACCCAGUCAGUCUACCCUGUAAGCAUGUUUUCUGCUAUUUGUGUGUGAAGGGAGCUUCAUGGCUUGGAAAGCGAUGUGCUCUUUGUCGACAAGAAAUUCCAGAGGAUUUCCUUGACAAGCCAACCUUACUGUCACCAGAAGAACUCAAGGCAGCAAGCCGAGGAAAUGGUGAAUAUGCCUGGUAUUAUGAAGGAAGAAAUGGGUGGUGGCAGUAUGAUGAGCGUACUAGUAGAGAGCUAGAAGAUGCUUUUUCCAAAGGUAAAAAGAGCACUGAAAUGUUAAUUGCUGGGUUUUUGUAUGUUGCCGAUCUUGAAAAUAUGGUUCAAUAUAGGAGAAAUGAACAUGGACGUCGCAGGAAGAUUAAGCGGGAUAUAAUAGAUAUACCAAAGAAGGGAGUAGCUGGACUUAGACUGGAUUGUGAUGCUAAUGCCGUAAACCUGGCAAGAGAGAACUCUGCAGAUGGAGCGGACAGUGUAUCGGCACAAAAUGGAGCUUCUGUUCAGCCUCUGGUCUCUUCUGUGAGGCCCCUGACAUCAGUAGAUGGUCAGCUGACAAGUCCUGCAACACCAUCCCCUGAUGCAAGCACUUCCCUAGAAGACUCUUUUGCUCAUUUACAGCUCAAUGGAGAUAGUAUAACUGAAAGGAGUCAUCGAGGAGAAGGAGAAGAGGAUCAUGAAUCACCCUCUUCAGGCAGGGUUCCUGCACCAGACACCUCCAUUGAGGAAACGGAAUCGGAUGCUAGUAGCGAUAGUGAGGAUGUAUCUGCGCUAGUUGCACAACAGUCCUUGAUCCAACAGAGACUUUUGGUUCCUAAUGCAAACCAGACAGUAUCUGAUAGAUCAGAUCAAUUGGGAAAUGACCGAUCGGUGGCAGGGGGUGGAACGGUGAGUGUUAGAUCUAGGCGGCCUGAUGGACAAUGCACAGUAACUGAAGUUUAAAUAAAAUCUUCAGCUCUAUGCUCAAGGUUCAAGUGGUUCUCUGUAAAUUUCUGCCCAUGUAACAUUAUAUUCAUCCCUAGUAGUACAUUUUGGGAUUUGGGGUGGGAAGGGGUAUGGGAAGGACAAACCUGUAAUUAAAAGUCUAACAUGUUUCUGUUGAGAAAUUUAUUUAAUGUAAGGAACUUGGUUGUUAAUAGUUGAGAGCUGUAUUAACCCAGUUUUCUUGAGGUCUGUUUAUUUUAUAGUUCACGUUUUUUGUUUGUUUUUAAUUGCUUCAAUUCUUUUGGCCAGUGUGUAUUAUCUGUGCAUUACUUCCGGUUCUCAUGACUUUGCACUGCGUCUUCUUUUUCUGCAUGAAUUGACAUAAACCCAUUAUUAAAAUCUGGCACCUAUAGAAUGUCUGGUAUCAGUAUGAAAGGGAAGCUUAAUGUGAGGAUAGAUAUGAAUUGGAAUUUUAAAAUAGAUGAAUAACAACUAUUUAAUAGUAAAGUUACUGAAAUGGAAAUGUAAAGAUAACAGCUAAUAACUUACGUUUCAGAAUGUUGUUCAUAACACUUCAUGGCGUUCCAAUAGGCUUUGCUGUCUAGUCCUUGUAGUUUGAGAUUUCUCUUGAUCUGCAUUUUUCUUUUUGGUUACAGGAUUUAUAAUUUAAUAAAUUCUAGAGUUUAUCAAAAAUAAUUUGUCUUUUAUUUGAGUCCGUGAAAUAUUUUGACACCUUUAGCCAAAUGUCAUUAGUCUGAAUUGAUAGCAUUCAAUUUUAAUAGCUAUUUGCACAAAAGUUUGACUUCUUUAUAGAGAAGAAACAGGAUUAUGGGCAAUAUGCUGCAUUAAACAUGUAUGAUAAUAAACUGCAGCCUAUGAAACUUAAAUUUCAUAUGGUAGUAAGA